ACAUGCAUUUGUUUACUAUAACUUGCAUAGCGAACACGCUUCUAUCGAAAGCUCUUUGUAAAAUGUAUUUAAAAUAUAUUCUCACAUUGUGUCUCGUGCUAGUCGGUGUGAAUAGUGAAUGUGACAAUUAUUUGAAGUGUUUAGGUGAUUUCAUUAACAAUUUCUUUGGUAAAAUUAACAAUACGACAAAUAUUGAAAAUAAUGCAAAAAACUUUACCUAUUACGAAGUGAAGGACGUUAACGGUAGUGAAUUUACUAAAAUAAUAACGGAUAUUUCGUCUUUGUUAAAAAAUGAAAGUGACGGAGCAGUUACAUCGGAAUCGGUGUUAUCUAAAUCUUACAGUAAUAAUCAAACGCAUUUAAUAAUAAAAUUGUUUGAAUUCAAUGAUAAAUCAAUGGAGUUUGAAGCUGAUAAUGGGACUACAACAGAACCUGAAGACACCAUAGAUUCAGUGCAAGAGAUAACAAUAAACGUGAACAAAUCCCAUGUUUUAACAGUAACUGAAAAUGUUAUAAAGGAAGUUAACAAUAUGAUUGUUAAUGUAGAGAAUUUAGAAGAUAACGAAGUAUCAUUUGACGAGUCAUAUUUUAAUUUUGAUGACGAGAAUAAUACAGAUUAUCCUAAUAUAGAUUAUAUAGAAUUAUAUAAGGAUGCAACCAUUGAAUACAAUGUACUGAACGUUACUGUAGCACCCAAAGUGGACGACGUAUUUGAAAAUGAGAAGGAAAUUGAUAAUAUCAUUGAUUAUUCCUCAAACAUUCCCAACGAAGUUUCCAAUAUCUCCAAAGAUGAAGUCCACCCAAUUUGCCAUGGAAACAUAACGCAAGGCGUGUUCCCAUGGAUCGCUGCUAUUUUCGUUAAAAACACCACAAUUGAUAAUCAGUUUGAAUACUACUGUGACGGAGCGUUGCUGUCUGAGAGAGUGAUACUCACAGCGGGCCGCUGUGUAACUACUAAUUCUACCGUUGAUCCGGAAGACCUAAUAGUUAUUCUUGGAAAGAAAUCUUUACAUUCGACGAGCGAGAAUGAACAAGUUCACAGGGUAAAAUCUGUAAAUGUACACGAAAAUUAUACAGUUAAAGAUGGCGUCGCUGUAAAUGACUUGGCAAUGCUUGUAUUGGAAGAAUCGGCUGAUUUGAACAAGGACGUGGGGGCGGCUUGCAUGUUUGGAGAACAAGACAUCAUAAUUGAUUAUCAGAAAGCUGCGACUACUGCAUGGAGCCUUUCUGGGGAUUUAACGCCAAUAUAUUUUGAUAAAGAGAAAAGUAGAGCUUGUAACCAGAAGAAUAAAGUGGAAAAUACGUUUUGCUCUACUUACGGCGAUGACGUACCCCUAUGUCCCAGUUACGGAGGUCUGCAUGCGACAAAACAUACGGACGAGAAAUGGUACUUGCACGGUAUUCGAACCGGGGACCCGGCGGCGAAGCGAAUAUGUAUAAAGAGAGAUAUUACGUAUACUAGCGUGAUAAAUUUUGUUGAUUGGAUUCUCGAGAAUGUUCAGAGCAAUAAAAACUAAAUGCUGUUAUUUUGA